AUGGAUAUCCACUCCCUCCUCAACCCGGUCGAGCCAGAAGUGUCGUCCUCCCCAAACAAGCAACUCGCCCUCGGCAUCGUAAGUCAAGAGGAGCUCGACACGGCGCGCACUUACUUCGAUGCCGACGUGGCGGAGCUGCAUGCUUUGGCCAGCGGUAUUGCUGCUUUGAGGGGCGACCGCCUGAUCUACCUUGCCGGACGGUAUAGUCGGGCACAGAUCGCGGAGCAUCUUGCGAGCAUCUACGGCGCGAGUGGCAAUAGUUGUCGUCUGUUGGCCGGCCGGCUUCGGGUUGCCAUCGUUGCCGCGGCGGAUAAAGACGGGCGAGCUGUUGAGGAUGUUCAACGUGAGAUUGCUAUCGCGAGACGUGAGCAUGGGGUUGUUGAGACUGAUAAGAUUAGUAGAGUACACCUGUAA